UAAUUCGUAUUAGAUACCUCUUCAGGUUGUGGAAACAGUUCUAAAAACUCAUGAUCACAUAAUUGAUGAUGCCAUCAAGAGUCUUCAUGCUCUUUGCCUCGGUGACGACUCUGCAAGAAAUGAAUCGGCAAUCCUUAGCUCAUUGAUCCAAUCAAAUGACACUACUGCUGAAGAUGGUAUCAAUGCGCAAGUAUCUGAUCAGAAUGAUGGUUUGACUGAACCUGGAGUACCUCAAAAUGUUUCCUGGAUAGAUUAUUUUGUACAAGAAAUGAAGAGUGCGUUAAAUUGGAAUGAUGUACGCAAUCGCACCAUAAAUGCCCUUGAAGCUUUCCAUAAAAGUGCUAUUGACCAAUUUGCCACAUCAAAAGAGCAGCAGGAGAUUGCUUCUCUUAAAGAACAACUGCAAUGUUUGUCGAGAGAGAAUGAUAUCUUGAAGAAAGCUGUUUCACUUCAGCAUCAAAAAAAUUUGGAAAACGAGGAGAAGCUGAAGGAAGUGCAAGAAUUGAAGCAUAUCAUAAGCCAGUGCCAAGAGCAAAUUAGGACAUUGGAGAUGAACAACUACUCAUUGCAAGUUCAUCUGCGAAGAGCACAGGAAUCCAGCUCUAUUCCUGGUCGUUUCCACCCAGAUGUAUUCUAAAAGCUUCUUUCGAAGCCUCUGUAAUUAUGUUUUUGGCGAUUGAGCUUGAACUCUCGCCGCAGAAAUGGCAAGGAGAUUUAGCGUCUGAUGUGUAGCCUGAGCGAUUUCUCUCCAAUGAGGCAAGUUAGCCAUAACAAAGUCCCACGCUCAUUAUAAGUGGAGACAUGGCUUAUUAGUUUUACUAUUUUUAUUCAGUGUAAAAUUAUCUGAUGUGAAAGAACACGCACGGUGUAAUAGCUAGUGUCUCAUCCUUGUGUUUGAAUGCAGUUUUCCUUUAUGCUCUUUUUUAC